AUGUCGAAUAAGACGAAGAAAACCGGAGGCGGCAACGGAGGCAAUGGAGCCGCCACAAAACAAACCCGCCAGCAGUCACAGGGCUCGCAGGACUACAGCUCCUUCAAGACCGUGCUCUUCUACUGCAUGCUCAUCGUGUUCCUGCCCGUGCUGACUUUCUUUGUCCUCAAGGGAUUUGUUCUCGACCAAUUCUUCAAUAUCUCCGAAGUCAAAGUGAACAUAGCAGCUGCCGUGGGUGCUGUCGUAUCGCUGCACAUCGCCCUGGGACUGUAUAUCUACCGGGCAUACUUCGGAACAUCCGGCUCCAAGGCUGUCAAGGCGGACUAAUCCUCAUCUACCGGACUGUUUGUUUUCCCAUUUCCAUUAAUUAUAAGUCGGAAAAGCACUCUUGUACAUACAUAGUACAAAUAAUUGCGGUUGUUUACAUGUCAGCGAGGGAGGAGAAAGUCGUCGCGCCUGUGUAACCAUUUGUAAUCGUUUUCCAUUGCAUAAGUUUCGAUAACAUCGUGUGGAAAACGUGUGUUGUCUAGUGUUUUGUGUGCUUAGUUUAUAUUAAAAAAAAAAAGAAAAGA